AGGAGGUGUCGUCGGCGCGCAGCACACAUUUUUCAACCCCCCUUUCGUUCGGUGCAGCCAAGUGGUUUUGGAAGGAUAUCGUCGAACAAAAGACAGACUUAUCGGUGUGCGUGCGUUAAACUUUGUUACAAACGGUUGUGGUUGUGAUUUCCCAGCGAAAGGACGAAGGAAGCAUAAGCAUAAACGACGAGUACGCACGUGGGGUGGUUGGGUGCGAGGCGUGUUAUGCUAGUAUUGUGUUUUUCUUCGUUCGCUAUCCUUGCUGCGCUACGUACGAUACGUGUUGAUUAAGUGCGAAGGAAAAGAAACCAAACGCCGCCAGAAACGCCAGCAACGAAGAAGGAUCGUGGUGUGAAGUGGCUCUUGAGAGUGACGCAAUAAAAAAAAGAAUACACAACGUGGUCUUAUGCUGCUCCAUUUCCGUUAUUCUCUUCGAUUGGAAUAUUCGAAGCAGUGUGUCUUUAUCGGCGGUGAUAGCAGCAGGUUCUAGUGGUGGUGGUGGUGGUGGUGCUAUGAUUCAAACGUACCCCGUUAAUGGAAAAGUCAGUUGAAGUAGAAGCACAAACUUGCAACCAAAUUAGCCCAUCAUCAGUGUCGUCAUCACCAUGGAGCUCCAUGGCAUCCUAGUGAUUCUGGUGGCUCUUGCGGCCGGCACGGUUUGGGAGGAAUCUUCCGCCGCCGUGGUUAGUGCUACCUUGGCAACAAACGAUGUCCAUCUUCCCGAGGAUUCUAGUCUCCAGCGCCAGUCACACUCCAAGGCCACCGCCACGACGCCCGUGACGUUCGAGUUCGAGCAUGGCCAGAGCGAGCUGGCCGCAAGGCGAUUUGUGGCCACCAUGACUGAUUCGGAUAUUCACGGUGUUGAGAGUUGGUGCCUUAGCGUCGCUUGCAACGCAUCCGUUUUGCACUACUGCUGGUCGAAUCUGUUCCUCAACGAUCAUUGCUGCUGUGAACAGCACCACACCAAAGAACAUUUGCCAUGGAUACCUCACACCUGCCUGCUCCGGCCCGGCGAGAGGUGCACCGCCAACGCCGGAUCCUGUAGCAACUAUCGCACGAUCAAAGCGUGCUGCUGUGAUCGCGUAACGAAGCUCGAAUAUAAACGUAAAUUCUCAUCGGCUGUAAGGAAUGGUGCGUUGCAUUUCAUGCUCACGCUACUCGUAGGAGUACUUAUCACGUUUAGGUAUUACUUCAUCAUGUGAGAUGGACAACGGUGGGGGAGGUGGCAGCAGAAUCGCAACAACUACAUCGUACAUAAGUGGCCUUAGCGACACGUGAAUCAUGGGAGCUUUUAAACAAAACUCCUAGCCUUAUGCUUCACUUCAUUUCAGGAUAAUGUUAUCAUUCCGAGGUUGCUUUGAGCCGAAGUGAAGUAACUGCGUCUUACGCCACACGUCCUUUUUCAGUUUGUGCUAGACUGUUGCUUUAGUUCCUACUUUGUUUAGUGAAAUGUUGUAUUUGUUGUUUGCUUUCCAGUUAUGUUAUUGGCCGGCAAGCCAUCUCAUCUAUCAUUGGUUUUUGUAUUACGUUUUUGGUCUUAUAAAGAAACGCUGUGAGCAAAAUUCUCUUCUUUUCGCACUGUAAGAUUCUUUUUAUGGGUUUAAAAGGAACUAAAUACUUAAAUUGUUCUCCAUUUCAUAUUCAUGUUUUGGCUGAAAACCCGGUGAUUAUCAUUAUUUAAGCCUUCCAUGUUACUUAGGUUCCCUUCUUCAUAUCCAAAUUAAGUACGAGAGCAAUGAUGAAUCAUCUGAGCGCUUAGUGCGUCGCAUUUAAUGAUAGCAAAUUGACGAAGGCAUUGUCCGAAGGCUUUCAGUUGAUGAAGUUACACAAAACAGUUACCAAACGAUAAUGAAAGUUGGAACCAUUGAUAACGAUAAUUAUGUGUGUAGGAAAUAAAAUAGCUAAACUACUAAGAACUGUACGAAUAAAACGAAGAAAACGUAUGAAAGAUAGAUUGGCAAAUAUAAAGUGCUAUAGGAAGAGAAACUGCAAGCCAAUAAAAAUGGCCAUUUCCCAUCAUUUAACGAAAAGACAUUUCCUCAAGAGGCCAUACAGUGAAUUACCCGAAGAAUACGGAUUAAGAAUUUUAGAACAGAUAUUUACAAACGAUUGGCUAUGAAAUGUACAAAACGAUCUUCUAUUUUUCGUGUAAAGAACACUAUGUUGGUGGCAUGCGAACAAUAAAACUACGAUCAAAUGUAAUAAUAAG